AUGGAUAGAACUAAAUGUCUUGCACAGUUUCUGAAACUUUCAGGGCUUAAUUCGAGGCAUUUACCGGGGUAUGGGUCUUUGAGGGUUCCAGGUAAAUUUGACAACAUCGUAGUGGCUAUGUCCUCAGGAGUGGACUCCUCUGUUGCAGCUGCAUUAUUUGCUGGAUUUCCUAAAGCACAAGGUAUUUACAUGCAAAAUUGGUCUGCAGCUGACGACACCGUUGGUCCAGGAAAAGAGGCCUGUCACGAACGGGAUUGGAAGGAUGUCGAAAAGGUCGGCAAACAUCUGGGGUUGCCGGUAGAUCGUGUCAAUUUUGAGCAAGAUUACUGGCAGGAUGUGUUUGAACCUAUGCUGCAAGGAUAUCAGCAAGGGUUCACACCGAAUCCAGAUGUGGGGUGCAACAAGUUCAUCAAAUUUGGCAAGCUCAAAGCACAUCUAGAUUCAAAGCUAGGAAAUAAUAAUUAUUGGCUGGUAACCGGCCACUACGCACAAGCACUCCCUUCACUUUUAUCCGGGGAAAUUCAUUUAUUACGGGCCUUCCAUAGGGCAAAAGACCAAAGUUACUAUCUAUCGCAGAUCCCAUCUACGGCACUACCAAAUCUCUGUUUUCCAAUGGGAGUACUUACAAAGCCAGAGGUACGACAGAUGGCCAGUGAGCUGCAGCUGCCUACUGCUCAUAAGCGUGAUUCGCAAGGGAUCUGUUUUGUCGCAAACUCCCAGCAUAACAAGUUUAAGAGCUUUCUGCAACAGUAUCUACCGACGCAGUCUGGCGACGUAAUUACACGAGACGAGGCUAAUAGCUCCAAGAUAAUAUGGGGCCAACACACAGGGCUCUGGAACUACACCAUAGGGCAAAAAAUCGGCUUAUCGAUGCCACAAGGCGAUCCCCGCUACUCAGGCGCCUGGUUUGUAGCGCAAAAACUGCAAGACACAAAUGAAAUUGUAAUAUGUCGCAGGCGUGAUAACCCAAUGCUAUUCUCUGACCAAUUAAUGGUCACAAAUUUCGAACCUCUGGGUGAUCCUGACAACGUUCAUUCCGUUCUUACGAAACAUGUGGAAAACCAGGAAGUAUACAUACAGUAUCGAUCUCUCCAGGACCCGAUUUUGGUCACCGCAAUCUCAGCUACAGAUGGGGUUUUUAACGUCAAGCUUAGCGAGCCGCAAAGGGCAAUGGCUGCUGGUCAGUACUGCACCAUUUAUCACAAGGAAAGAAUACUGGGGAGCGGAGUUAUCAAAGGCAUGUAG